AUGAAUAGAACUGAGAGGGUAUACUAUUUGUUAAGCGAGUUAUAUGAACAAAACAUGAAUGAAGAAAGUAAAGAUCAAAAUACACCUAACGGUGAAUAUGAUAUACAAGAAGAUAAGGAUAAGACAAUAGAAAUGAAAGUAGAUAAAUUAAAUUUAAAUAUACAUCAAGAAAAAAAUAAUAUUUUAUUAAAAAAAAAUUUGGAAGAUGAAAAAUACAACGGUAAAUACUGGCCACUUACAUGUCUUCCUUAUUCUUAUUACAUGUUUAAAAUGAAAACUAAUCCUAGACUAUUUAUGUAUAAGGCAUCAAAAGCAGAAUCUAUGAAUAUUUUAAAGAUAAAUCCUAGAUCUCUGUCUAAGCUAUUGAAUAAUCUAGAUAUUUUACUAUUACAGAAUGUUAAACCGGCCGAUCUCCUUACUUCGCAAUUAAUGUACCUUAGGAAUAAAAAUAGAGGAUUAAUUAAUUUUAUAAGCCAUUUAUUAAAAGAAGAUAAAUAUCACAUAUAUUUUUUAAAAACUCUAAAAUACCUCUUAAGAAUAAAAAAUUUUAAUUCUGCGGAGUGUAUUGAAAAGGCUUUUUUAAGGCACAAGUUGGAUCAGAGUAUAUUAAAUAAACUAAAAAAGUAUUCGAGUAUCUUUAAAGUAAAUAUAUCUUAUGAAAAAGUUAUAAUACCACAAUUUGAUACAAUACUGAAAGAUCUUGAAGAUUCAAAUAACAAUAAAAAUCAUACGGAAGCAUCAUUAAAGUUUUGUAAAGUGGUAGAGUUAUUAGUGGCUAUACAGAAUACUAAAAUAAAAAUUAAUAAGAAAAAAGAGCAUUUUUUACUUUAUAAAAUAUACGAGUAUUUAGAAGAAGAUGUAGUUUGUAAGUCAAAUAUUUCUAAUGAUGAUUAUUUAUUUUUGUACUUAUAA